GAAAAGUGUGUAAAGUUGGCUGUUAGUACGUUACCUUCCCAAAGCUACCGAAGUUUGCAUUUAUUUCCAAUCUUUUCUGUUAUUCAAUUCGUCAUCUUCCCAACUGUACUUUCUCAACCUCCUCUAAACUAACCCCUUAGCUCCUUCAAACCUCAUUCUUUCUGUCAAAAGUUCCAGUUCUUUUUUUCUGGUAAGCUCCCACUUUUUGUCUUUUAACCUUAUGCUUUCUGUCAAAAGGUUUCAAUUUUUUCUGUUAAGUUCUUGCUUUCUGUCAAAAGAUUGCAUUUUUCUCUUUUAAUCUCCUGCUUUCUGUCCAAACUUAUCUUUUUUCUUUUCAUUUUGGGGGUUAAGUUCUUGCUUUCUGUAAAAAGACUUCAUUUUUAUCUGUCAAGUUCCAGACUGCUUUCCGUUCAAAGAUUUCAUUUUUUCUGUUAAUUUCUUGGUUUUUGUUCAAAGAUUUCAUUUUUGUUCUUCUAAAGGUUCAAUUUCAAUUCAUGGGUUGCUCUGCUUCUCGUUCCUAUGACUUUGUCACAACAGAUCCACAAAACCCAUGGAAUUGUUCAUCUUCUUCACAUUCACAACAGUCUCCAUAUUCCUACUCAGAUUCAUCUUCAACUCCAGUUUCAAGAACACUCUCUCUCCCCACUCCUUUGGUUCACCAUCCUGCUAUGUGCAAAGGUGACACCAAUCAUUUGGUUUCACUUACUUCUACCACCUAUGGUUCACUUGUCUUAAUUGAUACCCCAAUUCCAAACCCUAACCCUAACCCUAAUUUCCAUGGUGGGAAUUUCAAGAACCCUACUACCCAGAUGAUAAAAUCCCUAAAUGGGACUGACCCACAAGACCCUUUAUCCCCUGAUUCAGUAAUCAACACUUGGGAGCUCAUGGAAGGACUUGAUGACUUUGAUUUCCAUAUUGUGCAGUCCAAGAUUGAGUCCCCUAGAAAGCUCAAAACCAACAAUCUUGAUAUCCAAAAUGAAUUAGAUACAAAUGAGUUGGAAAAAUCCUAUGAGUUUGUUGAGCACUCGGAUUCGAAGCCAUUAUGGAAGCAUUUGUCUGAGGAACAAUUGCUUGCUAAAAUGGACCCUAAUGUAGCUUCAAGUUAUAGACAAGCACUGUCUUCCAAAAGAUUUGGGUAUAAAGAGUCAGAAGAUUGUCCAAAGCCCAAUAUUGUUAGUUCGGUAGAGUUAGAGUCGAGUAAUGCAAGUUUAUUGAGCUCAUUGUUGCCCGAUAAUGAUGUCCGCUUAAAGGGCACAGAGGACAAGAUUGUUCUGUAUUUUACUAGUUUAAGAGGAAUAAGGAAGACUUACGAAGAAUGCUGCACUGUGCGAAUGAUCUUUAGAGGGUUUCGGGUAUGUGUAGACGAGAGGGAUGUAUCUAUGGAUGCAUCAUAUAGAAAAGAGUUGCAAAGUGUUUUGGAAGGAAAAACAGUUAGUUUGCCUCAGGUGUUCAUUGGAGGGAAGUACAUUGGCGGUGCGGAAGAGAUUAAGCAACUUCAUGAGGCCGGAGAACUCGCUAAUCUUGUGGAAGGGUUUGCAGUUAAGCAUUCUGGUUUUGUUUGUGAAAGCUGUGGCGAUGCAAGGUUUGUACCCUGCCCAAAUUGCAGUGGGAGUCGAAAAGUAUUUGAAGAGGAGGAAGGGAAAUUGAGGAGGUGCCUGAAUUGUAAUGAAAAUGGAUUGAUUCGAUGCCCUGGCUGUUGCCCGUGAAAAUUGAUCUCCAUUGGUCAUGUACAUGAUUCACUAUUUUAAUUGGAGAUUUAUGAAUUAUGUUAUUACUUAUGUAUUGAUGUUGAAUUCUGUAGUGUCUUCUUGUAGACCUAUUUCAAGUGUCCAUAUUCUCUAGUUCUUCAAGAUUCUUGUUCACUCUCUUUUUGAACAACUCAGAAGCAAUAAAAUCCCAGGAGCACAUAAUCUUUAUUUGUUUGCCCUGACAAAUAUGUGAUUUUGAAGUGUUCCUCUUUCUUCACCUCAAUGGAACUGUUGUUUCUUCUAUUCUGAAUGGAAGUAUUCCUGGGACUCUUUGAGAUUUUUA